CGUUCUCGCGUCUCUUUCUGUUCAUCAGUCCUACAGUGUGGAUCUGAUUAUUUCUGGCUCACCGCUGUUCUCGUAUUUUAUCGUAUUUCGAGAUUACGUCGGCCGGUAGACACUAAAAAACAUCAUGAGUGCGUACAAGGAGACUGGCAAAGCUCCCCCAGGGGAAGAACCUCCAAUUCAUAAGAUUCGAAUUACAUUAACAUCGAAGAAUGUUCCCAGCCUGGAAAAGGUCUGUGCUGAUCUGAUCAAAGGUGCAAAAGAGAAGCAGCUUCGUGUAAAAGGACCUGUGAGAAUGCCAACCAAGGUCCUUCGUAUCACCUGUCGUAAAACACCUUGCGGAGAAGGUUCGAAGACAUGGGAUCAUUACCAAAUGAGAAUCCACAAGAGGUUGAUUGAUCUUCACAGUCCAUCUGAGAUUGUAAAGCAAAUUACUUCCAUCAGCAUUGAACCUGGUGUUGAAGUGGAAGUUACAAUUGCUGAUGGUGCCUAAUUGUCUCCAUUUUAUGCGUUUGUUUGAAUAAAUGCAUACACAUAA